CAGGCUUGUCCGUCUCCCUCUGGUUUUAGUCUUUUGUAUCUAGAGAGAGAGCAUGCCUCUUCCCUAGAGUCGGUUAUAUAGUAGAGAGAGAGAGGCCUCUUCCCUAGAGUCGGUAUACAGUAGAGAGAGAGAAUGGGGAAGAGAAAAGGGGCCUGGCAGGGGGGCAAAAGAAAUGUGGGAGAAGAGAGCCGCAUUAAAAUUUUGAGAACUUUGGAGGAGUUUUGUGCUGGAAAUGAUAUUGUAUACACUUUUGAUGCUGACUUAGAUAAGGAGGAAAGAGCUGAGGUGCAUUUUGUGUCCAGAAGGAUGGGCUUGGUUUCGAAGAGUUCUGGACAUGGAGACCGGCGAUGUGUAUCUGUUCACAAACAGUCCAACGGGAAGGCACAGAUGAAGAAGAAAGAAAAUAUUGAAAUUGAACAUUUAACAUUUUCGGAUGAAACAAAACUGAUUUUACAGAACUUAUUUACCCAGUAUCCUCCUUUUGAGGAGGUGAGUCAAAAAAUCAACAUGCAUGCCAAUGAGUGUGCCAUGGGUGUAGAUAGAAAGAAUGAUUCUACCUUUUCGAAACCCUCAAUGUUGAAAGUUGAAAUAGCCAAGCGGGUGGAAUUACUUGCUUCCAGACUGAGGGAGUCUCGACACCUGCAAGAGAUCAGUGAGCAAAGGUCUAAACUUCCGAUUGCAUCUUUCAAGGAUGCCAUUACUUCUGCAGUUGAAAAACAUCAGGUGGUUCUUAUUGCUGGUGAGACUGGCUGUGGGAAGACUACUCAGGUUCCUCAAUUUCUUUUGGAUCACAUGUGGGGAAAAGGUGAGACAUGCAAAAUUGUGUGCUCUCAGCCAAGGCGCAUAUCUGCAAUAUCAGUUGCCGAGAGAAUUGCCUCUGAGAGGGGAGAAAAUGUUGGAGAAAGUGUUGGUUACAAGAUAAGAUUGGAAUCCAGUGGUGGUAAGCACUCCUCCAUUAUGUUUUGUACGAAUGGAGUUCUUUUGAGGCUGUUGGUUGGCCGUGGAGCUCUCGAGGCAUCAAAGACAGGUGGAGAGUGUAAAGCCAAGAAAGCUGGUGGACUCGAACUUACCCACAUAAUAGUGGAUGAAAUUCAUGAAAGGGACCGAUAUGCUGACUUUAUGCUUACAAUUAUUAGAGACAUGCUUCCUUUGUGCCCUCAUCUGCGACUGAUAAUGAUGAGUGCCACUUUUGAUGCUGAACGAUUUUCGCAAUAUUUCGGCGGCUGCCCAAUAAUUCAAGUCCCUGGGUUUACAUAUCCGGUCAAAAGUUACUAUUUAGAGGACGUACUUUGUAUCUUGAGGUCGGCUGCAAAUAAUCACCUAGAGGGAGCAAUAUUCAAUGGCAAUAAAGAACUCACCAAUUUGAACGACGAACAUAGAGUUGCCUUGGAUGAAGCACUUGGCUUGGCAUGGUCAAGUGAUGAUUUUGAUCCCCUUUUGGAACUGAUUUCUACACAACCAACUCCUGAAACUUAUAAUUAUCAACACUCAGAAUCUGGCAUGACCCCUUUGAUGAUUUGUGCUGGAAAAGGCAGAGUUGAUGAUAUUUGUUUGCUACUUUCAUUUGGUGUGGCUUGCUAUCUAAAAGCAAAAGAUGGAAGUACAGCGUUGGACUGGGCUCAGCGAGAAAACCAGACAGAGUCAGUAGAAAUCAUCAAAGCCCACAUGAAUAUGGAAAUCUCAGAGUCCCUAGAUGAGAAACAACUUCUCGAAAGGUACCAGUCAACUAUUAGUUCAGACCAUGUCGACACAGUUCUCAUUGAGAAAUUGUUGAUAAAAAUUUGUAGCGAUUCCAACAAGGGAGCCAUCCUCGUCUUUCUGCCAGGUUGGGAAGAUAUAAAUGAGACUAGAGAACGAUUACUUUCUUCCCCAAUAUUCAGUGAUCCCUCUAAGUGUUUGAUUCUAGCACUUCACUCUUUGAUUCCAUCUGAAGAUCAAAAACAAGUAUUCAAAAGGCCUCGUCAUGGUAUUCGAAAGAUUAUCCUUUCCACCAAUAUUGCGGAGACCUCAGUCACUAUAGAUGAUAUUGUAUAUGUUAUAGAUUGUGGUCGGAUGAAAGAGAAAAGCUAUGAUCCUUAUAACAAUGUGUCCACUUUUCAAUCUUCUUGGGUUUCAAAGGCCAGUGCUAAGCAGCGACGGGGGCGUGCAGGCCGUUGCCAACCGGGUUUCUGUUACCAUCUAUAUUCGAAAGCCCGCGCAAUGUCUCUGCUGGACUACCAAGUUCCUGAAAUCAAGCGAAUGCCCAUUGACGAACUCUGCUUACAGUUGAAAAUGCUCAACCCAGAGUCUCGAAUUGUUGAAUUCCUACAAAAGACUCCUGACCCACCAGUCUUUGAAGCAGUUCGCAAUGCCAUCAUAGUUCUCCAAGACCUCGGGGCAUUAUCGAAGGACGAAUCCCUAACUGAGCUGGGAGAGAAAAUUGGCUCCCUUCCUGUUCGGCCUUCAACUAGCAAGAUGCUUCUCUUUGCCAUUUUAGUGAACUGUCUUGACCCCGCCCUAACUUUUGCAUGCGCAUCAGAAUAUCGAGAUCCCUUUGUUCUUCCUGUGGCUCCUGAUGCAAAGAAGAAAGCUAAUGCUGCCAAAGCCAAGUUGUCCUCAUUGUAUGGUGGCAAAAGUGAUCAGCUCACUGUUAUAGCUGCAUUCGAAAGCUGGAUGCAAGCAAAGGCCAAAGGGAAGAAAUCCGAAUCUGAAUUUUGCUCUUAUUACUUCAUCUCACCUGGCAUCAUGUAUAUGAUAUUGAACAUGCGGAAGAAGCUAAGGAGCGAAUUAGUUCAGCUUGGUUUUAUUCCUCAAGAUGUCUCUAGUUAUAGCUUGAAUUCUAAAGACCCAGGCAUUCUUCGUGCUGUUCUGGCAGCUGGUAUGUAUCCGAUGGUGGGGAGGUUGUUACCGCCUCUUGGGGGUGCUCAAAGGGCUGUCGUAGAAACAUCAAGUGGUGCUAAGGUUCGUUUGCACUAUCACUCUUGUAAUUAUAGAGCAGCUAAUAAUUUGACUACUGAGCGUCCCUUGCUUGUGUAUGAUGAAAUUACUCGUGGCGAUAUGGGUAUGUAUGUGAAAAACUGUACCAUUGUAGGGCCCUACCCAUUGUUGUUCUGGGCCACUGAAUUAGCGGUAGCCCCUUUGAAUAAUGAGGCAGAGAGUGAUUUGGAGGAUGAUAGCUCUGAUAGUGAGGAGGAUGAAAUGGAUAUUGAGGGCUCAGUUGGUCGAAGGCAUGGAGAAAGGCUUCUUUCUUCACCUGAUAAUCCUGUAUUGGUUGUGGUGGAUCGGUGGAUUAAGUUUCAGUCCACUGCACUGGAUGUUGCUCAGAUAUACUGCUUAAGGGAGCAGCUAUCAGCGGCUAUCUUGUUUAAAGUGAAGGAGUCUCACAAAGCGCUCCCACCGGCUCUCGCAGCAUCCAUGCAUGCAAUUGCUGGCAUUCUCUCUAAUUCCAAUAUUUCAGAAAUGCCCUCAGCUAAAGAGUCAAUAGACACCUUGACCACCAUGGUUAGCACUGCCAGAAUCGAUCCUCGAAACUCAUCAAAUGGCAUGCACUUAGCUGGAGCUCGCCAUUCUUGCAACACACGAAGCAGGGCACUUCCUAAACACAACCGCAGUAGAAAUAGGAGGGGCAUACCAAAUGUUCAAAUGCCCAUGGAACCUUUGGGUACCGACUCGAUGAACCCAUAUCUAUCUCAUAAGCAUCAACCAGCCAUGUUGUCUGCCUCGGAUCAAGGGCUCCUGUUGGAUGGUGGGCCCCCCUUCAAAAGACGUGGGUCUUUAAAACGAAAUUGGAGAAAGAAGCCCUGAUGGGGUGAUGUAUAUUUGAAUUGGGAUGAUCAGAGAAGCCAUGAAGAGAUAAUAAUAAUCUAUAUUGGCUUGGGGCUCUUGGUGGAAGGAGCGUGGUGGGUUUUAUGUUGUGAUGCCCGUUGUGGCCUUAGGCAUAAGCUAAAAAGCGUGGAUCUUUGAAGCAGGUCGAACCCAUUUUUGGGAUCCAUCCAUAAUGGGUUGUGAUGGUUUCCAUAUGAGAGCUUCCUUUAAGUUUGAGACAUGCAUGUGGAUGCCAUGUUAUUUGGCAUCAAUGCAUCAUUCGUUGUAGGAGAUGCGUUAUUUAGAUGAUGCCCAUUAUGGAUCCCUCGAGAGAGACAGCUUCUUUUGAUUCUGUAUUUGGCCUAGGUUCCUUAAUGUAACAUGUAUCAGCGGAGCUGUCUCUUUUUAAGUGGGAUUCCAUUUUGGGUUGAUGUUUAAUUUGGUGUCUUAAUGAAGUUCACGAAGACUUAUGCUCUUUCUUUCCAAUUUCUUGGCAUAUAUUAUGUGCCCUUGAUCUAAAUUUUACUUACCAAAAGAAAAAGGAGAAGCUUGAGCAUGUGCAUGCACAGAAUAGUGCUUUGGUUGGCCUUCUGGGUAAUGAGAUUAAUAUAUUUUU